CAAUGGCGGGUCGGGCAGCCCGUUAGGCGGCUGCGUAUUGGCCGGCGCGCUGUUGCCAAGGUGACGGGUGGGCCCGGCGGGAUCCGGCAGGGCGGGGCGGGGGCUAGGGUGCCGGGCGGUUUCCGCCGCGCCCUGGUCCGCGCGCGCCCCCUUGGCCUCGGUGCCUCCGCCGCUCGGGACGCGCCGCCCUCCGCCUCCGUCUCCGCCCCCGGGAGCUGCGGCCGCCGCCGCCGGCUGCGAGCGCCGCUUGUCCGGCCAGCGGCGGCGCGAUGGGCUGCGGGAACUCCACUGCUACGAGCGCGGGCGCCGGCCCAGGCCCUGCAGGAGCGGCUAAAGAUGUAACAGAAGACUCGUUAACAGAAGAUGACAAGAGGAGUUCCAUUGAAAUUGGCCUGAUUUUUCUAUAUCUACUCCUUGAAGAAACUACGGAGGAGUGUACGUUGGUCUCCCAUCUGAAGCUGUCAACAUGGUAUCUAAUCCAACGAAGACAGUUAGAAAAAAUUAGAAGAAAAUAACAUGACAAUAAUCAAGAGCUUGUUCAUCAAGAUUUAGAGACGCUGUAAUGUGCAGACAUUUCCAAGGAAAUUCUAAACAGUCACCUGCCUCCCCAACCUCCCCAGAGUUCUUAAGUCUGUGGUUAAAGCCAUGGGUGCAUAUGGAACCAUGUGCUAUUGGAAAGGACCGAGUUAGACAGUACACCUGCAUAUGGAACUCUCCGCGGUUCACCUACGAAAGACGAGCUACAGACUGCUGCCCCGCCAGCCUGCUCUGCGCCUGCAGCCUUCCCAUCCUGGCCACUCAGCCCGGCUCAUGGAGAUGACGUCUUUUCACGGAUGCUUUUUUUGAUAGUUUUUAUAUAACCAAGUCCUUCUUCUAUUUGUAACUGAAGAUAAUAAGGCACAAUAGACGAAUUACCUGAAAUAAUAUAUUUGUCUGCUAUCUCUCACUAUUUCUACUUCACAUUAAUUUUUUUAGCUGUAGAAUUGUUAAAUUGACUCUUACUGUUAUCUCUUUCCCUUUUUUUACUAUUUGGUUUUCAGCUUUAUUUAAAUGUCAGAGAAUUUCCUUCAUUAGGGACAAUGUAUGACAUUGCAGUAUUAAAGAUAAAUGACUGAAACUGGCAUGUGGUAGACACAUUUGAUUAUCUUCCUGUUUCCUUUAGUUCCAGGCUCUGUGACUACAAAACACUUCAUAGCCAUUGAGUCUCCCUUUCUACCUUCGAACGGUCACAGCCUCUCCUCAUGUUAAUCCUAUACUAUUUCAAGGACCUGUGAAGGAUGGGUAAUAGGAUACUUGGAAAGUUUUCAAUUUGAUGAUGACAUGUGUAUCCUCUUAGUAUUGCAAUGUAAACUACUCAAUUUACCAAUGUAUUUCAAUGAUUAAAAUAUUUUUAUCCCUGUU